AUGAAGAUGCUGACGAAGUUUGAGUCGAAGUCCACCAGGGCCAAGGGCGUGGCAUUUCACCCAUCCAGACCAUGGAUCCUAGUGGCUUUGUUCUCGUCAACAAUUCAAUUGUGGGACUACAGAAUGGGAACAUUACUCCAUAGAUUUGAGGACCAUGAGGGUCCGGUGCGUGGUAUAGACUUCCAUCCAACGCAACCUCUUUUUGUGUCCGCAGGUGACGACUAUACAAUUAAGGUAUGGUCUUUAGAAACCAAAAAAUGUCUAUUCACGCUAACGGAUCAUUUGGACUACGUUCGGACCGUGUUUUUCCACCCUGAAUUGCCCUGGAUCAUCUCCGCGUCGGAUGACCAAACCAUUCGAAUUUGGAAUUGGCAAAAUAGAAAAGAAAUUGCGUGUCUCACCGGCCACAACCAUUUCGUGAUGUGUGCGGACUUCCAUCCUACCGAGGAUCUGGUCGUGUCAGCGUCGUUAGACGAAACCGUACGUGUCUGGGACAUUUCUGGUUUAAGGAAAAAACAUUCGGCGCCCAGUUCCUUUUCGAUGGAGGACCAAUUAUCAUCUCAACAGAAUCUGCUGGACGGCGGGUUUGGUGAUUGUGUUGUCAAAUUCAUUUUGGAGGGGCACACUCGUGGUGUCAAUUGGGCUAGUUUCCAUCCUACUUUACCGCUAGUCGUUUCCGGAGGUGACGACCGUCAAGUAAAGCUUUGGAGAAUGAGCUCCACUAAAGCAUGGGAAGUGGACACAUGCCGUGGUCAUACCAACAAUGUUGAUAGUGUAAUCUUCCACCCUCACGAGAAUCUAAUCAUCUCUGUAGGUGAGGACAAGACAAUCCGCAUUUGGGAUCUUGACAAACGCACUCCAGUCAAGCAAUUCAAGCGAGAGAAUGAUCGUUUCUGGCUUGUAAGGGCACAUCCUCACAUCAACCUUUUUGGGGCGGCGCACGAUUCGGGUAUCAUGGUCUUCAAGCUUGACCGUGAAAGACCUUGCAGCGCGCUGAAUCAAAAUCAACUCAUUUUUGUCAACAAGGAAAAACAAGUCCAGAUUUUUGAUUACCACAAAAGGGUUGCUACUUUACCUUACGUUUCUUUGAAAAAAAUUGGUAACACCUGGAAUGCUUUUAGAAGUAUAAGCUACAACCCAUCGCAACAUUCCAUCCUCGUCAAUAGUAUUGACGGGCAGAGCGAAAGGUUUGCAUUAUGCACCUUGCCCAAACAGCCUACUGGCGCUAUUGACCCUACGAAUAUCAUAGAAGAUUCUGGAAGUUUUGCCACUUUUGUUGCGCGUCAUAGGUUCGUGGUGUACAACGCAUCGGCUGGCACUCUGGACGUCCGCACCUUGGAUAACAAAACAACCAAAUCAGUCAAGAUCGGCGGAGAGGGGACUGUUAAGGAUAUUGUAUAUGGAGGACCAGGUGCAGUGCUCAUUUUAUUGUCGAAAACCGUGAUUCUCUAUGACGUUCAGCAAUCAAAGGAACUUGCUGAAGUUGCUUUGAAAAACGUGAAAUACGUGGCUUGGUCUUCUGAUAGCCAAUACUUAGCUUUGAUGAGUAAACAUACUAUCACGAUCGUUACGAAGCAGCUGGAGGUUGUGACUUCUAUGCACGAAACCAUCCGUAUUAAGAGCGCCGCUUGGGACGAGACUGGGGUUCUAGUUUACUCCACCCUCAACCAUAUCAAAUACACCCUUCUCAAUGGAGACAACGGUAUAAUAAAAACCCUCGAGAACACCCUUUACAUUACUAAAGUGCAAGGGAAAUCUGUUUAUGCUCUGAAUAGAGAUGGCGAAGUUGAGAUUGUAACGAUUGACCCAACGGAGUACAGAUUCAAGAAAGCACUGGUUAACAAAAACUUCCCUGAAGUCCUCAGGAUUAUCAAUAACUCUAACUUGGUGGGACAGAACAUCAUUUCUUUCUUGCAAAAAUCCGGCUACCCAGACGUUGCACUUCAAUUUGUUCAAGAUCCAAAGACUAGAUUUGAUCUCGCUAUCGAAGAUGGAAAUUUAGAGGUCGCAUUCGUCGAGGCCCAAAAAUUAGAUAGCGCUGUGGCUUGGGAGAGAUUAGGCAAGGUGGCUUUGUCUCAAGGUAACACUAAGCUUGUGGAAAUCGUCUACCAGGCUCAAAAGCAAUUUGACAAGCUGUCCUUCUUAUACCUAUUGACUGGUGACAAAACAAAACUUUUGAAAAUGGAGUCUAUUGCCAAAAAUAGAAGUGAUAUCUCUGGUCUGCUCUCGAACACCUUCUACAAUAACUCUUUCCAAAAGAGAGCUUCAGUCUUUGAAGAGUUGGGGUCUCUUCCACUGGCGUACGCGGUCGCCAAGGCAAAUGGCGACGAUGAAAGUGCUGCCAGGAUUUUGGACUCUGCUGGUGUAAACGAGAGCGAUAUCUCUCUACCAGAGACUGUUCGUGCUUCUACGCACGUCAAACAACCUGUGGUUUCCCAACCCGUUGCCAACUGGCCUUUGAAGGAGGCCGAGACAUCUUUCUUUGAAAAAGCUUUGUCAGGACAGGUUGAAGAUCUCGUUCUUGAAGACAAAGAGACAGACAAGGCUGUGAUGCAUCAGGGAGAACCACGAGCCGUUGAAGGAGCUCUAGAUGAGGAAGAAGAAAUGUUCGAUGAUCAAAACCUUGCCGCAGAUGAAGGAGGUUGGGACCUAGGCGAAGAAGAGCUGGACAUUGAGGAGCCAUCGGUUCAAUAUCAAGCCCAACCUGAAGCAGGGACCAACGAGGAUAACGAGACUGCCCUCUGGGUGAAGAACUCUAAACUUCCCUAUGUUCUUGUCGCUGCUGGCGCAUUUGAUGCCGCUGCCCAAGCUCUUAAUAAGCAAGCUGGCGUUUCGAAUUUUGGUCCUUUAAAAGGACGUUUCCUAGACGUCUAUGAAAGUUGCAGAACCUACAUGCCACCAGCUUCCAAUGAUCUGCCCUCUAUCACAGGUUACGUCCGUAAAGAUGCCGAGGAAGAGUCCCACAACAAGAUUAUCCCAUACGUUGCUGGCAUCGAUGUGGUGACGAAAAAGAUGCAUGAAGGGUUCAAGCUUUUUAAAUCAAACAAAUUGGAGCUAGCAAUUGAGGCAUUCCGAGAUGUGAUCUACACUGUGACACUUUUCGCUGUCAAUGAUGACGAGGACGAAGAAGCCGCUCGUAAUGCUCUUUCAAAAGCUCGGGAGUACGUAUUGGGUCUUUCUAUUGAAUUAAGUCGUCGUUCAUUGGCGCCGGAAAAUGUGAAGCGCAACCUGGAGCUAGCCUCUUAUUUCACACGCACAAAACUGCUCCCUGUUCAUCGCAGCACCGCACUCCAGGUGGCUAUGUCACAGUCAUUUAAGCAUAAGAACUAUGUGCAAGCAUCUUUAUUUGCCAGUGAGUUUUUGAAUAUCGUUACAACAGGUCCACGUGCCGAGCAAGCAGAAAAAAUCAAGGACAGAGCCGACUCCUUGGCUCACGACGCUGUUGAAAUCGACUUCGACCCUUACGCCGAGUUUGAUAUCUGUGCUGCCACUUUCACUCCCAUUUACAAAGAUACACCAUACGUUGUCGAUCCUCUGACAGGUGCCAGAUAUCAUGCGUCGCAGAAGGGAAAUGUUGACAAGAUUGCGUUGGUCUCUAAAAUUGGCUCACCGGCGUCGGGGCUUAGAAUUCGCCUUUGA